AUGGGAAAGAAGAGCUCGCCGUCUCGGGCGGCCGGCCGUUGCUCCGCGGGCAGGAGGCGUCCGGCCAAGCCGCCCUACUCCUACAUCGCGCUGAUCGCCAUGGCCAUCGCGCAGAGUCCGCGGCAGAAGCUGUCUCUGAGCGGGAUCUGCGCCUUCAUCCGCGGCUGCUUCCCCUACUACGGCGAGCGCUUCCCCGCCUCCAUCCGCCACAACCUGUCGCUCCACGACUGCUUCGUCAAGGUGCCCCGGAGCCCGGCCACGCCGGCCAAGGCAGCGACUGGAGCCUGCACCCGGCCGCGCAGGGCAUGUUCCGCCACGGCAGCUUCCUCCGCCGCAGGAGGCGCUUCAGGCGGCCCCCGCUGCCUUCCCCGGCGGCCCCCGGCGCCCGGACCCCGCUCCUCCUCCCGCCGCCGCCGCCGCCCGGCUCCGUGCUGCCCGGGGGGAGCGGCCCCCGGGGGCGGAGGGGGGCCUUGGCCGCGGCCCCCGCAGCUGCUCCUUCAGCAUCGAGAGCAUCCUGAGGGGCCCCUCGCCGAUCCCGCCUGCGCUGCGCUCCUCGCGAUCCCCACCCGAGGAAGGGCAGCCGCGCGCCCGGAUCGCCGCUGAAGGAUGCGAGCGGUGCUAG